AUGGCGGGACCGUCUUCCGCCGCCGCGUCCCUGCUCCGGCGCCAGCUGAAGGAGAUGCAGACCGGCAAGGACAUCCCCGGGAUAUCGUGUGGCCUCGUCAACGACAACAACAUGUUUGAGUGGGAGGUCAUGCUCAUGAUCAGCGACGACUGUCAAUACUACGGAGGAGGCAACUUUCGCGCGCGCCUCGUCUUCCCGCCCAACUACCCGCACAUGCCGCCGUCCCUGACCUUCCAGGACCCGAUCCCCUUCCACCCCAACAUCUACGCCGACGGCAAGCUGUGCAUCUCCAUCCUGCACCCGCCCGAGGAGGACCAGUACGGGUACGAGGCCGCGUCGGAGCGCUGGAGCCCCGUCCAGUCCCCCGAGACGAUCCUGCUCAGCACCAUCAGCCUCUUCCACGGGCCCAACGACGAGAGCCCGGCCAACGUCGAGGCCGCGCGCCUGCUGCGCGAGGAGAAGGAGGGCAAGCACAAGGACUUUCGCCGACGGUGCCGCAGGUGCGUGCGGGACAGCCUGGGCGAGGACUGA